GAAUUGAUUCUCGACCGAAAUUAGCCGGCUUUGUAAAAUAAAUAGAAUUUUAAAUAUAUUUACAAAAUGACUGCAUUCGAGGAGUUCGGCGUGCUCCCGGAGCUGGGAAAAGCCACUGACGAAUCGGAUUGGACCCUUCCCACUGAUGUCCAGGCAGAGGCCAUUCCCCUGAUCCUGGGCGGCGGUGAUGUGUUGAUGGCCGCGGAGACUGGUUCGGGAAAGACGGGCGCCUUCUGUCUUCCCAUUCUGCAGAUUGUUUGGGAGACGUUGCGGGACAUCGAGGAGGGGAAAGGUGGCAAGGGCGGCGGCGGGGGAGCGGCUGGUUCGGUGGCUCCUUGGACCAUGUCCUUUUAUGAUCGUGGUAACGCUUUGGCCGUCACACCCGAUGGUUUGCGCUGCCAGUCGCGAGAGUUCAAAGAAUGGCACGGAUGCCGCGCCACUACCGGAGUCCGCGGCCGGGGCAAGUUCUACUACGAGGCCACAGUCACAGACGAGGGCCUGUGCCGCGUUGGCUGGUCCACGCAGCAAGCGAACCUCGAUCUGGGCACCUGCCGCAUGGGCUUCGGAUUCGGCGGCACCGGCAAGAAGUCUAACAACCGCCAGUUUGAUGACUACGGCGGGGCCUUCGGCAAGGCCGACGUCAUCGGUUGCCUGUUGGACUUGGAGCGUCUGGAGGUCAGCUUCACCAAGAACGGUCAGAGCCUGGGUGUGGCCUUCCGCAUACCGGAUAACCUCGCCAAGGAAACAUUCUACCCAGCCGUGGUCCUCAAAAACGCCGAAAUGCUGUUCAACUUUGGCAAGACUGAGCUCAAGUACCCGCCGGGCAACGGAUUCGUGGCCGUCUGCCAGGCUGGAGCGGAGCACAGCAAAGCCAAUCCGCUGGCUAGUCCGACAGCCAGCGCCGUCUCCGCCACUCCGGCGCCCAAUGCUCCCCAGGCCAUCAUCAUUGAACCCAGCCGAGAACUGGCCGAGCAGACCUACAACCAGAUCGAAAAGUUCAAGUACCAUCUGAGCAAUCCCGAGGUUAAUUCGGUGCUCCUUAUCGGAGGUGUGCGUCUGGAGGAGCAAAAGAGUCAGCUGAUGCAGGGCGCCCACAUUGUAGUUGGCACGCCAGGACGCUUGGAGGAGAUGAUCAACAGCGGCCUAGUGCUCCUAACCCAUUGCCGCUUCUUCGUGCUGGACGAGGCAGACGGUCUGCUCAAGAGUGGCUACACGGAGCUGAUCAACCGCCUUCACAAGCAGAUACCCAAGAUCACGACGGACGGACGCCGUUUGCAGAUGAUCGUCUGUUCGGCCACACUGCACGACUUCGAGGUGAAGAAGAUGGCCGAGCGCCUUAUGCACUUCCCCACUUGGGUGGACCUCAAGGGCGAAGAUGCCGUCCCGGAGACGGUGCACCAUGUGGUAUGCCUGGUUGACCCGAAGGCGGAUACCCGCUGGCAGUCGCUGCGCCAAGCCAUCCCCACCGAUGGCAUUCACGACCGAGAUAACGUCCAUCCCGAUAAUCAAUCAGAGGAGACAUAUUCCCAGGCGGUGAAACUGCUAAAGGGAGAGUACUGCAUCCACGCCAUAGAUAAGCACAAGAUGGACCGUGCCCUCAUCUUCUGCCGCACCAAGCAGGAUUGCGAUAAUCUGGAGAAGUAUUUCCGGCAGCGCGGCGGCCAGCGCUACUCGUGCGUCUGCCUCCACGGCGACCGGAAGCCACAGGAGCGCAAGCAGAACCUGGAGAUGUUCAAGCGUCAGCAGGUCAAGUUCCUUAUCUGCACAGAUGUGGCGGCUCGCGGUCUGGAUAUCACCGGUUUGCCCUUCAUGAUCAACGUGACGUUGCCCGACGACAAGGCCAACUACGUGCAUCGCAUUGGACGCGUGGGCCGAGCCGAGCGCAUGGGUCUGGCCAUCAGCCUGGUGUCCACGGUGCCGGAAAAGGUCUGGUAUCACGGCGAGUGGUGCAAGACCCGCGGCCGCAAUUGUUACAACACCAACCUGACCAAUGUCCGUGGCUGCUGCAUCUGGUACAACGAGCCGAACUUGUUGGCCGAGGUUGAGGACCACCUGAACAUCACCAUCCAGCAGGUGGACAGCGCCAUGGACGUGCCCGUCAAUGACUUUGAUGGCAAGGUGGUGUACGGCCAGAAGAACCUCAGCAUGGGGAGCGGCUACGAGGACCAUGUGGAGCAGCUGGUGCCCACCGUUCGCAAACUAACCGAUCUGGAGUUGCAAUCACAAUCUUUAUUUUUGAAACGCCUUAAAGUCUAGAGC